AUGAAGCUCUCACGACCUUCAUUCAAUCCCGGGCGGACAAAGAAUAUAAUCCAUGGAGUCCAGGCCUUUAUUAUCUUUUUGGCUUGGGCUCUGACCAUCGCCGUCUUCACGAAAGGCGGCGGCAUUGACGGGCGAUCCGCCUGGUAUUGGGCCUUGUGCUGGUUCAGUAUCCCCGGUCUGAUCUACCUUGUCGCUGUACCUAUAUGGCCUCGCGCCCGUCGUUUCGGCAACGUCUACGCCUUCGCGACAGUGGACUGUCUGUACGCUCUGCUUUGGUUCACCGCCUGGGUCUGUGUCGCUAGCUAUGUGGCCCAAGGGAAGGCCGAAGGAAAGUCCGACAACGACAAUGACAAUAAGGAUAACAAAGACAGCGAUAGCAAUAAGAGUGGGUGUGACGCCUGGAAGUACGGUAGUGCCUCCAAGUGCAACAUCAGUACGGCCACCGUGAUCAUUGGAGUCGUCAUCUUCCUGCUCUUUGUGUUGACUUCCUUCAUGUCCAUUCGCAACGUGAUGCACUUCCGUCGGACCGGUACUCUGCCCGACGUUGGCUCCGACCCGACUUUUGCCGCUCAGAGCAAAGCCGCCUUCUCUUCGAAUCCUGCCCACGACUUCGAUGAGGAAGAAGACGAUUUCCGGUCUGGACGCGCUGGAAUGAGCUCUGCCGCCCACGACCGUGACGAGGACUACGCCCUUUUGCACCAGAGCGAGGUGGAUGACAUGGGUAACCCCAACAGCCGCACUGCGCUCCAGGGCUCCUAUGAUCCCACCGCUUCCAAUAACGGCGGCAUGAUGCACGACUACAACACCAGCUAUAACGGGUCAACGACGAGCUACGGCGGCGCCCAUGGACAGCACUACGCGCCGCCGUCAGAGUGGGGAUCGACGGGCGGCGGCUACGGACGCUGA